GGCACCGCCUCGACGCCCUACGGGAAAGCCACCUACUGGAGCGACCGCUACACCAAAGACACGGACCAGUUCGAUUGGUACCAGCGCUACGCGGGCAUCAAAUCCAUCCUCGCGAAAUACGCCAAGAAGAAGGGCGCCAUCCUCGACGCGCGGCCCCGCGUCGGCUGCGGGAACUCGCGGCUCGGCGAGGACAUGGUCAACGACGGCUACGCGAACGUGCGCUGCGUCGACAACUGCGCCGUCGUCGUCGAGCAGAUGUCGGCCAAGUACGGCGCCCUCGGCGGCCUCACCUUCGGCCGCGACGACGCGCGGACGCUCGAGAGCGUCGCCGACGGGUCCGUGGACUGCGUCGUCGACAAGGGCACGCUCGACGCCGUCCUCUGCGGCGAGGACAGCCGCGAGGGCAGCGCCCAGCUCCUCGCCGCGGCGCUGCGCGUGCUCAAGAAGAAGGGCGUCCUGCUCAUCGUCUCGCAC